UGUGUACGGAAGCAACGUGUGGAGAAGUGCAAUGAUCAAACACGUUUUCUUGACAGGACCUCCAGGUGUGGGCAAAACCACUCUCGUCCAAAAGGCGUGCGAAGCUUUAGUGUCAUCGGGACACGCAGUGGAGGGAUUUUACACCCAGGAGGUCAGAGAUGGAGGCCGGAGAGUGGGCUUUGAUGUGGUCACCGUGGACGGACAAAGGGGGCCCUUGUCCAGAACCAGAGACAUGGCUGCAGCCGCUCCUGGUGGAAGGGAGCACACAGUCGGGCAGUAUGUGGUUGACUUGUCUUCAUUUGAACACCAAGUUCUCCCCCUUUUCAGGAAGCCAGCCCCAGCUGACCACAGGAGGGUGUUCAUCAUCGAUGAGAUUGGGAAAAUGGAGCUCUUCAGCCAGUCCUUCAUCCGAGCGGUGAGAAACACCCUUGACAGCUGCACGGUUUUGGGCACCAUCCCUGUUCCAAAGGGGAAGCCACUUGCUCUGGUGGAGGAGGUUCGCAGUCGCGCCGAUGUCAAGGUCUUCACUGUGUCCAAGGAAAACAGGGAUUCCCUUCUGCCUCAAAUCCUCUCGGUGCUGCAGGAGUGUUCUUCCUAACACGAUUAUAAAGAGACUCAGGCAGCAGAAAAAUGCUGCUUUUCUUCCGUGUCGUUCUGCUGACAACAUGUUUAGAAUGUUCAGACUGCGUGGAUCCUCGCAGGGCACCAUGCUGAGGUGAUGACCUUUGUUCAAGGUCGUCCCCAGCUACCAGAGUUGGUGUGUAACAUGCAUGCAUUCAUGUAUACAAUUCAUUUUUCUUCCCUCACACAGCCUGAAAAUGGACUGCAUGCUGAAUAAUUGAUGGUGAGCCUGAACGCAGCGGGGCGGUUGUCGAGCGAGUGCGUAAAUAUCCUAAAGCGCCCGGAGUCAGGCAUCUGCCAGUCCCCAAAACAGCUCUGCUUUGUUUCUCCUGGAGCCGUACUGUUCAUGGUGUGCUCUCAUCACCACACGGGAAUAAAGUGUUGUGGAAACAACGAUGCCCCCGAAAGAUUAUUAAAAAUCUGGGAUUAGAAGAUGGCACUCUUGUAGAAUACAUCCGUUUUGUUGCCUGCUUGAGGUUGGUUCUCGGGGCAGCAGCCAAGAUAGCAAGGCCCCUAAUGUCUCCUGCAGCUCUGAGUUCUGAGAGCAUAAUCUCUGCUGUGUGUCCUGGGUCUGCCCCAGUGCCUCCUCCUCAUGGUCAUGCUGAACACCUCACAAGGAGCCAUCUUGACAAGAUGUUGGCAUCACCUCAGUUGACUCCUUCACUGAUGGAUAGAAGUCGGCUGGAGUGUCUCACUCUUAUUUCUACAGGAGAGUCUCAUGUUCUUGAGGUCACGACUCAAAGCCUCAUUGGUGAAGAUGAGGCUGGUGAAACCUAAGAAAGCUGGGAAACGUUCACAACAUGGAUCAGAACAUUUUCUGUUAGAGCUGUAAUCUUGAACUCUCCUUGAUCCUUGACUCUUAACUCAAUGAAGCCAGCAUCACCUGCAACAUUGGAGCAUGUAUUUUUCUUUCUCUAUAUCUUUCAAAACUUCAUUUGAUCCAAAUAUGAAAUAGAAAUGCCUCUUUGACAAGUUGAAGUCUUACUAUCUUGCUUCUGAAUUUUCAUCCACCACUCUUGGAAGAAGAUCAAUAUCCCUAGCUAGCAGGGCAAUCAAUGGGUGAUGUCAUCAUCGAUAUCACUGAAUAUGAUUUAUUCAUGCCAAUUAUCUGCUGAGCUCAUCAUAAAAGUGCAACAUCUCUCUUCCCUGGUUUCAUUUGAAAUCUUUUAAUCUUGACGGUCAAUAAAUAUCUUUGACUGGUUUCAGGGCUUUAGUGCUUCAUCCGCUCAGAUAAUGGAUUCUAUAUCCACGUGGCUUCAGAUUACAGCGCAGGAUAAAUGAUAUCACUGAGUGUGGGAUUUUCCCCUUGUCAAGAGCAUUUAAGGAGGAUUUGGUCCGCUGAUGUAAAAGGUUCUGCAUCUGCCAAGUCUUUUGUUUCUUUUGUAAACUUGAAGAAAGUGAAACUUGACUGUCAGCAAAUAUUAAUCCUGUUCGCCUGCUGUCGCAAUGUUCUUCAGGACAGGUUUCUGCGCACUGAGCUAUCAUAACAGUUAAUAUCGACAGGCUUUCCUAUGCUUAGUUGAGGUCAAGUCGUGGGGGCAGCAGCCAAAGCAAAGACGGCCAGACUUCCCCCACACUUCUUCUAGUUUUUUCUAAAUCUAUUCACAUUUACAUCUCCAAUUUCUUGUUUUGUGACCAUAAAUUGCAUUAAAAAUGUAACUGUUGUCCUCCACUUAAACGGCUUUAUUCUCCUUUUAUUCUCCCAGUGGAGUUUAACAUGGUAAGGGACUUGGAAAAUUGAUACAAUGAUCCAAACACAGGUUUUA